GCGUGUAUAAGAUUCAUCACCAUCAUCAUCUCCCUUUCUCAUUCAUUUCAUUUUCCCUUUCUUCUUCUUUUAUGAAAAUUUCUCUACCCUCCAUUUCUAACUCUUCACUCCUUUCACUUGGGUACUACUUUGCUAGCCAUACCCAUAAAACCAAGAGGUUAUAAACAAAAACUAAGACUGAAAAACUGGUAUUUUGCUGAACCUUAUCACCUUUGACAAAAAUCAAACAUGCCAGUUAGGCAGAUGAAAGAGGGCUCAGAGCAGCACCUUGUGAUCAAACCUCAUUUGCUGAACCCCAUGAAUUCAGCUAGGAAGGUUACUAGGGCUGUCCAAAAUGGCAAAGGUCCACCACCACCACCACAAGAACCCAAUAAUCAAACUUCACCUCAGGAAAGGGCAAAGGGAAGAAGAAAGAGCAGAGUUUGCAGGAAAUCUGAUCAAGGAGGUGUUUUGAUGAGACCCUGCACUGUUGUGACAAAUACAGCAAAUGGGCUUGUUGAUAAUGGCAGCAUUUCUGGUGACAUAGAAAUGGGUUACCCUAGUUCAAGCAAGUCUUUGAGCUUUGCUCCUAGGCCUGGGUUUGGACAAGUUGGGGCAAAAUGCAUUGUGAAAGCUAACCACUUCUUUGCAGAGUUACCAGACAAGGACUUGAACCACUAUGAUGUCGCUAUUACACCGGAAGUGUCUUCCAAAAUAGUAAACAGGUCCAUUAUAGCAGAACUUGUGAGGCUUUACAAAGAGUCUGAGCUUGGGAUGAGGCUUCCAGCAUAUGAUGGCAGAAAAAGUCUGUACACAGCAGGGGCACUUCCUUUUUCCCGGAGAGAGUUUAAGAUUAAGCUUAUAGACGUAGACGAUGGAGUUAAUCCCACCAAAAGGGAAAGAGAAUACUGUGUCGUGAUCAAGUUUGUUGCGCGGGUUAAUUUGCAUCACUUGGGGCAGUUUCUAGCUGGCAAGCGUGCCGAUGCGCCACAGGAGGCACUCCAAACUCUAGACAUUGUUCUAAGAGAGUUAUCAUCUAAAAGGUUUUGCCCCAUUGGGAGGUCCUUCUUUUCACCUGAUAUUAGAACACCACAACGGCUUGGGCAAGGAUUGGAAUCUUGGUGCGGAUUUUACCAGAGCAUAAGGCCUACUCAGAUGGGUCUUUCCCUCAAUAUAGAUAUGGCUUCUGCUGCGUUCAUUGAACCUCUCCCAGUAGUGGAAUUUGUUGGCCAGCUAUUAGGAAAAGAUGUUCUGUCAAGGCAAUUGUCUGAUGCUGAUCGCAUUAAGGUUAAGAAAGCCCUGAGAGGAGUUAAAGUUGAAGUAACACACAGAGGAAGCUUUAGAAGAAAGUAUCGUGUUUCUGGUUUGACUUCUCAACCAACAAGAGAACUUGUGUUUCCUGUUGACGGGAACUCAACCAUGAAGUCGGUAGUUGAUUACUUCCAAGAAAUGUAUGGUUUCAUUAUUAAAUAUACCCACCUUCCUUGCCUGCAAGUGGGAAGUCAAAAGAAAGCAAACUAUUUACCUAUGGAGGCCUGCAAAAUUGUGGAGGGUCAACGUUAUACUAAAAGGUUGAAUGAGAAGCAAAUUACUGCUCUCCUGAAAGUUACUUGCCAAAGACCCCGUGAUCGAGAAAAUGACAUUUUGCAGACGAUUCAGCAUAAUGCUUAUGAUCAAGAUCCUUAUGCAAAGGAAUUUGGGAUUAAAAUCAGUGAAAAACUAGCUUCUGUGGAAGCACGAAUUCUUCCUGCCCCUUGGCUUAAGUAUCACGAUAGUGGGAAAGAAAAGAAUUGUUUACCUCAAGUUGGUCAGUGGAAUAUGAUGAACAAGAAAAUGAUCAAUGGAAUGGCCGUUAGCCGGUGGGCAUGCAUAAAUUUUUCACGAAGUGUGCAAGAUAAUAUUGCUCGCACUUUUUGUAAUGAGCUUGGUCAAAUGUGUCAAGUAUCUGGGAUGGAAUUUAAUCCAGAGCCUGUUAUCCCCAUCUACAAUGCCAAACCUGAGCAGGUAGAGAAAGCUUUGAAACAUGUUUACCACGUAUCAAUGAACAAAACCAAAGGAAAGGAAUUGGAGCUUUUGUUAGCAAUAUUGCCUGACAACAAUGGCUCUCUCUAUGGUGACCUCAAGCGUAUUUGUGAAACUGAGCUUGGUUUAAUUUCUCAAUGUUGUCUGACAAAGCAUGUCUUUAAGAUUACUAAGCAGUACUUGGCUAAUGUGUCUCUGAAGAUCAAUGUCAAGAUGGGAGGUAGAAACACCGUUCUUGUUGAUGCUGUAAGCUGCAGAAUACCAUUGGUUAGUGACAUACCAACUAUAAUAUUUGGAGCAGAUGUUACCCAUCCCGAAAAUGGAGAAGACUCUAGCCCUUCGAUUGCAGCUGUAGUGGCGUCCCAAGACUGGCCUGAAGUAACAAAAUAUGCAGGUUUAGUGUGUGCUCAAGCUCAUAGACAGGAACUUAUACAAGAUUUGUACAAAACUUGGCAUGACCCUGUUCGUGGCUUAGUUAGUGGUGGCAUGAUCCGAGAUUUGUUGAUUUCUUUUAGAAAGGCAACAGGACAGAAGCCACAAAGGAUUAUAUUUUACAGGGAUGGUGUGAGUGAAGGGCAGUUUUACCAAGUUCUACUAUAUGAAUUGGAUGCGAUUCGUAAGGCAUGUGCUUCUUUAGAGCCAAACUAUCAACCUCCAGUAACCUUCGUAAUUGUACAAAAGAGACAUCAUACUCGGUUGUUUGCAAACAACCACAGGGACAGGAGCAGUACAGAUAAGAGUGGGAAUAUAUUGCCAGGAACUGUUGUUGAUUCCAAAAUCUGUCACCCAACAGAGUUUGAUUUUUACCUCUGCAGUCAUGCUGGCAUUCAGGGAACAAGUCGUCCAGCUCAUUAUCAUGUUCUGUGGGAUGAAAACAAUUUCACUGCUGAUGGGAUUCAGUCUUUGACAAACAAUCUCUGUUAUACAUAUGCGAGGUGUACACGCUCUGUCUCUGUUGUUCCUCCAGCAUAUUAUGCACACUUGGCCGCAUUUCGAGCUCGUUUCUAUGCGGGACCGGAAGAGCUGCAGGAGAAUGGCUCCACAGGUACUGGACAUGGUUCCAAGGUAACAAGAGCAGCUGGAGAGUGUGGUGUGAAGCCAUUGCCAGCCUUGAAAGAAAAUGUGAAGAGAGUGAUGUUUUAUUGUUAAGAUUGUCUGGCCGUUUGGCAAUGGCCGAUGGGGGACAUGUGCAUCAAACAGUGAAAUGCUGCAAAACACAAUCAUGCAAUGCACCUUCCUUUCCCCUCAACCCUGUAGCUUGUAUAUUAGUGGCUUUGAAGCAUAGCAGCAAGGUUUCUCAUUGUACUUUUAGAGGCCUAGUUUAGGAUCCUAGAACAUGGGAGACAAACCAUAGGUGUAGACUUUAGAGAUGCUAACCCUCUAGUCGGCCAAGAUGAAAUCGAAUCAGGCAUUGUAAACAAAGUGCUAUCAAUCAAUAUUUUUUGUAUAAAAAUCUGCAUGAAAUGUUAAUUUCCUUCAUAUUUGCCAAGAGUGAAAA